GGCUGUGGACUCUGGCUGUAGUACUCUGCAGUGACUCAUGCAUGGUGGAGAAGAAUACCCAACGGUAGGAAGCUGUCGUAGUGGGAGUGAAGGUGUGAAGCCAUUGUGAACAGCGCUGGGAGUAUCAAAGAAUAGAGGAGAGGAAGGAAGAGCUGUGAUUAGCUGCACUGGAGAGGAUUUCUGUUUAAUUUGUCCACGGUGGAGAGCUUUCACUAGCCCAGAGCCCGGAAUGGAGCGCAAGUGAUGGAGCCCAUGACGGUGACGACGUCAGUGGUCGGGCCGGAGGAGUUCGACCGGAAUGCUCCCCGGAUCUGUGGAGUGUGUGGGGACAAGGCGACAGGAUUCCACUUUAACGCCAUGACCUGCGAGGGCUGCAAGGGCUUCUUCAGACGCAGUAUGAAGCGCAAAGCCAACUUCACCUGUCCCUUCAACGGGAGCUGCACCAUCACCAAGGACAACCGCCGCCACUGUCAGGCCUGCCGCCUCAAACGCUGCAUCGACAUCGGCAUGAUGAAAGAAUUUAUCCUGACAGACGAGGAGGUGCAGAGAAAGAAGGAGAUGAUCAUGAAAAGGAAGGAGGAGGAAGCAGCUCGAGAGGCCAUGAAACCCAGACUGAACGAUGAGCAGGCCCGCAUCAUUUCUUCUCUGGUGGAGGCCCAUCACAAGACCUACGAUGCUUCCUACUCAGACUUCUCAAGGUUUAGGCCUCCGGUGCGUGAAGGCCCAGUGACCCGCAGUGCCAGCAGAGCCGCCUCUCUUCACUCUCUGUCGGACGCCUCCUCAGACUCAUUCAACCAUUCACCAGAGUCUGUGGACAGUAAGAUGAACUUCAGUAACCUGCUGAUGAUGUGUCAGGAUGGGGCCAGCAGUCCAGACUCCAGUGAGGACGACUCAAAGCUCUCAAUGCUGCCCCAUCUGGCCGACCUGGUGUCCUACAGCAUCCAGAAAGUCAUUGGAUUCGCCAAGAUGAUACCAGGAUUCAGAGAUCUGACCCCCGAGGACCAGAUCGCUCUGUUGAAGUCCAGUGCCAUAGAGAUCAUCAUGCUGCGCUCCAACCAGUCCUUCAGCCUGGAGGACAUGUCCUGGAGCUGUGGAGGACCGGACUUCAAAUACUGCAUCAAUGACGUCACUAAAGCGGGUCACACUCUGGAGCUGCUGGAGCCUCUGGUGAAGUUCCAGGUGGGUCUGAAGAAGCUGAACCUUCACGAGGAGGAGCACGUGCUGCUGAUGGCCAUCUGCCUGCUCUCCCCAGACCGUCCCGGAGUUCAGGACCACGCCCUUGUGGAGCAGCUGCAGGACAGGCUGUCUGAUGUUCUGCAGGCCUACAUAAGAGUCAACCACCCUGGAGGACGCCUGCUCUAUGCCAAGAUGAUCCAGAAGCUCGCUGACCUGCGCAGCCUGAACGAGGAGCACUCCAAGCAGUACCGCUCGCUGUCCUUCCAGCCGGAGCACAGCAUGCAGCUCACCCCCCUGGUCCUGGAGGUGUUCGGGAGCGAAGUGUCCUAGCUCAGGCCCCUCCCAUUCACACACCCCAACAGGACUUUACAGGACGGAUAACUCAACACUCAACAGCCUUCUCCACCACCAAAACCGGCAAAUGUAGGAGAAAUAUGGAUCACCGUACAGACAGCCACCCCUUAUAACCUCCUCCUCUGAACUCACCGCUGGAAUUCGCUCGGAUACACUGCAAAAAUACUGCAGUUAUUAUUCUUAUACCAACAUUAACCUUGUGGCUAGCAUCAACUCCCCUGAUUUCUCCCCAAAGAUUGUCUUGCCCCACUUACCCUGGACAUAUGUGUUCCUUUGUUUUGUGUCCACCUGUCUUUCCAUCCUCAUUGCAUCCCAGUGAUAGAGAGGAUUGGCUAAGCAUAUCUUAAAACAACUAGUAAGCUAGAGCUUAAUGCUAGCUGCAUUGCUAAAAUUAGCCUCCUACACCUACUAUAUAUCAUUAAUCAUUGAUAUUUUAUUGAGUAUUUGAAAGGCCAGGGCUUAUACAUACUUGGGUGAGAUUGAUAUUUUGUUUGUUUUUGAGAAAAUCAGAUGGCCAGAUAAGAAAGUGUAAAGAAGAGCAUCUCAGUGAAGAGAAUUACCAGAAAUGAGUAGAGGAGGUGGGACAUUACUACAGGUGGAGUUCCCUUUUUCAAUUCAAAAGGGAGUCUUCAUGAACUAGAAUGUAUGUAUAAUGCUAUAUAUAACAAUAAGCUGAUAUAUCUUUAUAAAACUAUAUUUAAGAGAAUGAAUCAUGGUGGCUUCUAUUGAAGCACAGUAAUGAGUGUUGUUUGACAUAGAGGAUCUGAAGGCCCCACCUCUAUCAUGUGUUGAAGACAAAUGUGUGCAGAGGAACGGAGUGUGCCAGGAGUCUAUUUUUGUGACGUGUGUACAGUGUAUGAGAGUAUUGAUGGACCACAAGGGGGCGCUACCAGGCUCUGAACAGGGGAGCACAUGUACUGUCUGCUCUUUGGACCUGUGAAGUCUGAUGACUGACUUAUAACGCCAUGUUUUCGGAAUAAUCCAAAAUAUUUGUCGGAAUAGUUUAGACUGCUGCUAAGACCGUCAGUGCAGUUACACACAUGUGGAGGAAAUGGACCCACUGCCUGAGUCAGACUUCAAUGUAAAUGUCUUUUGAGUUUGGAUUGGCAGUAGAUUCACUUUCUUAUCUUUGGACUAGGACAGCUUUAAAUAAAUUCAUUCUGUUAGUUACAAAAAUAUAUAUCUUUUCAAACCACUGCUUUAAAGAGCAAGCUAGUGUAGCACUGUCUGUAAUCUUUGCCAUAUCUUGAUUAUGUAGCCCUGUAACCACAUGAUCACAUAGGGAAUUGUACUACACUAGCUUUAGGCUAAAAGUAUGCAGCAUAGUCAAAUCCAGCUGUCCCAUCGUCUGAAAUAGGCAUGCAUGUAACUGUACUGAGUGGAGCUAGAUAGUUGGAGCCAAGCCAACUAGCUGCUGUUGCCUCAGGGAAUAGUUUGUCUGGUAAUCGUGUGUAUUAGUGUUUACGUGUGUGUGGCGUAAGCUUACAAUCAAAUCUGACAGAGAUUGUUUUCAAACCUCUACAUCACUGUGAUAUAAUCCUAAAACAUAACAGUACAACUAAGCUAAAGGGACUUUAUAUAAACUACCCAUUCUCCAUUCCUGUUUCAUUUUUUUAUUCAAAUUGUAAUCUCCAAAACUGACACCUUAACUCACUCAAGUAUUUAAUUAGCCUUAAAAACAUGAUAUAGAGACAGUAGCAAUAGCAUAUAACAUGUAUCGUAUCUAAGUAAGUCUUUGAAGCGGGGCAAUGGUAUGGGAGUUUUUUCAUUCACAAAUGGUCACGUCUGUUGUCUGUACACCAGCCACAUAAGCGAGGUUUUGGAUGUUGUUGGGACAUCACUACAUAUCAUUUCUCACUCUCUGGACACAGUGCAUGCUCACCCUUCAUACAGGCCUGGAGCCCCCCCUUGUGGACAAACUCUGUAAAUACCACUUUGCUAUAGGUUUGUACAUAGUUAGAGAUUAAUGUAGGCUAAAAUACUAAGAUUUCAGUUGAUGACAUGCUCUGGACGUACAGCACUAUAUGCAACUAGGAGAUGCCUUUUCUGUUUAACUCAGACUGAAUGGACUGAAGGGGUGCGCCCUGGUCAGGGUGACUUUGUUUUGACAUGAAUAGAAGAUGUGAAUGCACUUGAGCUGGAUCUUAGUGAGCUUUUUUUUUUUAUUGGAUUCAUUCGGGGCUGAUGCUGUUAGCAAUUUGACUUUAAAACAUAUAAACUUACCAGGCUGGGGAACUGGUCAUGUCCUUGGAAACAAAGAAAGGACAAUAUUGGUAAUUAAUAAAUUGUAUCAGUAAAUAAUUAAAAUACUUAAUAUAAUAUUGUUUUUCAACGUUUAGCACUUAUAUGAUACAUUUCUAAAUGUAUGAUACUACUUUUUUGGCAAGGCCAGAUUACUCAAAGUUUUGGCCUAAUGUUGUUGAUGUGUGGAAAAAUACAGUAAAUCAGAGCAUUUGGAAAGUUGUGGGAAGAAAAAGCACCUGGUACAGGACGAAGGAAGGGCUUCACAAUUAAAAUGAUGCCAAGAUGGUAUGGGUGUAGAUCUGUAAACUUUAACAUAAUAUAUUUAUAAGCUACAAGAGAAGGUCCUUUAAAGUCACUGGUCACUUCUCUCACAUGACAUUCCCAUUGGUGGUUAAGCAUUCCGUCUGCCUCAAGUGUGUCCCUAUUGGCCGGAUCACGUGACAAGGGCCGCCCUUCUGUCCAUUCCCAGCUUAUGGAUGUACGGCUUUCUUCUUUUUCAUGUCAAUCAAUAAGCUCUGGACAAUUAUAUAGAAAAUCCAUAUUUUUCAAUUGUGUUUUUUCCCACAAGAUUGUUCUGUUAUUAGAGUUUGCUGUCUUACUAUGCUUGCGCUGAGACGUUGUUUUCUAAUGAAGCAGAGAAGAGCAGUGGACCUUGGAGACUUUGUUCCAGCUUCACUCGGAUAGUUUCACUAGAUUCUUCUGAGACUGAUAUGGGACACUUUGGAGGAGAGUCUUUGGACGGUCCCCAGCUGUGUAACUAUGAAGCUAUGUCAGACACAAUCAAACAAACUAACACUGCCUAUAUUGACUCGUAUAGCAACAGCAUGUGCGUGCCUAUUUGACCAUUGACCAUCUAACCACCUCUUUGUUCUGCAAUAGCAAUGUACAGCAGGAUUCAUAGCUUUAACUUCAACAGCUCUGCUUUUCUGGAAUCGACCGUGGCACACCAAGGGCUGAUGGGGUCGGAUAGGACUUCAGACUCUGGAAACUGAAGUAGUCAAAAGCAGGAAUGGAUUUUCAGAAACAAACUUUGGACUCCAGAAAGCAAUGUCUGUUCUGUAAGUCUGUACAGAGUUUUUUGUUUUUCUUUUCAAAAAGGACAUGUUGCCACAGGCGGAUGUAGAGUGCAGAGACUGACAAAAAUAUCGCCUCCUAAAACCCAAAGUGUACCAUUGUCACGAUCAUACAUCGCAGCUCCUCUGGUUCUGUUUUAUCGGAACAUUUUUAGAUUAGCAAGUGGACUUUCAAACAGCAUCUGCAAUUUCUGUUUGAACAAAUGGAAGCAGGAUGGAGACGGGGAAACAGAAUGGUGUUUUAAGGGUUUGUAUUUUGCAUCAUUUGUGAAAGAGAAGUAUGUAUGAGACACGUUGCCAGCACUAGAUAAAGCUGGCAGCAUUUGGCUUCAAAAACACAAUUUAAAAUAACCCUUAAAACCAAAAGACCCAAUUAUAUUGCACUUUUCCAAUGAUGUAUUUUAGAAGCAUCAACAUAGAUGGACUCUAUGUUUUUGCUUAUUGUGAGACUAGUUAUAAUUUGUAUCAAAUUACAAAAGGAUUCUUAGACUUUCUUGAAGAGAGUUUCAGAAAUGUAACCAUGAUGAUACAUGGUACAUUAAUGCUAAUGUGGCAAAAGUAUUAUCUGAUACUAUAUAUUCUUUGUAUUUACUAGUAUUACCUUGUAUUUAUGCACUACAAAAUAUAGAUUUUUAUUCGAUAUUGUCAGCCUAGAAAAUAUGUGUGAAUUUCAGACAUAAUUUUAAGGGCUGAAAGUGGUUCCGAUCACAAACUUUAUUCAGUACAAAUGCUACCAUACAAAAUACACAUCAUUUUUUAUAUAAUACUAAACUAAUUAACGGUGCAGUAUGUAACUUUUUUUGGUGCGGGGUCCACUACCUUCUUGUCUCUGUUGCAUUGAUUGUUAUUGCUUUGCCUAAAAUGUUUCACUGUAUGGCGACAAACUUAUUUUACAUUUAUUUCUACAUAUUUACAGUUCAAAAAUAUAAAUAUCUUGGAGUAAAUAAUGCUAUCUUACUCUCCACAGACCUUACUUGUAACUUGGUGCAGUUGCCUUUCUUGCCUCUAUGAAGUUAGAAGAGUUUAAUGCUAUGUUGUGGAACAUGCUGGGCAAAGCAUUAACAUCUCCACGGAGAUGAGCAGGUGGCGAACACUCCUUUGGGAAAGUUACGCAGUGCACCUUUUAAACCAUGGUGAUGAAAAAAUAGUACUGCACAAUCUGAAACCCCUUGCUCUUUCCAAACAAGGCUAGGUGAACCAACCACAAAGACAUAACCAAAAGUACGCACUUACUUCUCCUUUACAAUAAGAAUUUCUACAGUAUUAUCAACGUCGUGAUGAUUUAAACCCUUAAAACUCACUUUCAGUUUCCCUAACUCCGCCCUGCCAUCGACCCAGGUCAGCAGCUCCACCUCAGUAGCCUUAUUACAAAAACAGCUGGAAUCAAAUACCUCAUUUACAGGAUGUACAAUAGCCUUCAAGGGAACCAAACAUAACAAGCCAAUACACAGACACUCAUACAUACUGACGAAACCUUUGCAGUGUUGAUUUUAGCUCAAACUACAUUUCAGUUUCCAUCAGAGCAGUCGGUGUAAGGAGUGGAUCCCAAUGUUUUUUGUUUUUUUUAUGUUAACUUCUUUACUCACUAGCUCCUCUCUCUGCCUCAUUUCUUAAACUCUAUUCAACUCAGCGCUGCAGUUACCCCAACAUACUACCUCUCCCUCAGCACAUACUCAGUCAGUAUAAACAUAUAUAUUUUUGUUGCAGCUUGAUUGUUAAAUAGGAUACAGUUGGUUAUAUAUUUUAACACUAUUUUUUGUCGUUUAUGUACAGUUUUAACUCUCUGGUUCUUUCUUCAGAUGCUGGACAAUUUUACCUCAACUCUGGGUUAGCAUUACAAUUAGCCAUCGCUAGGGUUGUCUUUACGGAAGUGUGGACAAGACAUGGUUAAAGAAAAGAAGACAUUUGCAGUUUGGAGUACCGUGUUUGCAUUUUGACGAAGAAAUAGCCUGCAUAUUUCUUGCUGCUAUUUUCUAUUAGUGUAGCUUACAUUUUAGCAGUGUUUCUAGUUAAGUUGAAAAGUUGAAAGUAGAAAUUCCAGUGAAAGAAUUCUAGAUUGAUUUUAUUUAGGGCUGCAUAAUAUAUACAGUAUAUAUAUAUUUUUUAAAUGAUAUUUCAUAACAGUGAGUGCGUAUAUGUGUACAUCAGUAUCCCAGUUAUCAGGCAAAUUCUGGUUAUGGCAGUAUUCAGGAUACUCAAAAAACCCGAUCAUAACUGGGAUACUGAUGUUUUGCGUUCAGAUAAUACUAUUGUGAUAUUUUAUGUACUUUUUAAAACUAUAAGCUUGGUUAGCGUGACCAGUUUUUCAAAAUCAAAAACUGGGACAAUCUCAGUUUGGGGUGGUUGGUAAUAAUAAAAUUGUUAAAAGAGUGCGUGAUUAAGAAAAAUUGUUAUGUACUCAGUCCAUUUGGGAAUUUUCAAGCUCCUUUUUUAUGUAUUUUGGCUGAAAAAAUGACAAUGAAUUCCCUUCUUUACUCUAGCAGGGAUCAAAUUGGUCAGAAAAUAGGGACACAUGGGACUGGGACUGGUUUUGGAUAAAUCUGCUGGGACAAAAGUUUGACUGUCAAAGAUAAAUAGAGAAGUCUGGUCACCCUAAGCUUGGUUAAAUUAAAACAAAAAUGUAAACAUCUUGAUGUACAAAGAUAUAGAAUAUACUAGGACCAAAACAAGGCUAAAUUUGGAACUACAAUAAUAAGGAAAUCAUGAAUAAAAUGUGAUUAAUAUUUUAAGAAAACUUUAAACUUUGUGUUGCUAUAAAUGUUCUUGUAAUGUCAUUUUUUGUCAAUUUUGCCAUCUAUUGUGCAGCCCUUAUUUUAAACAUAUGCCUUAAACAUGGUCUUAAACGAGGCUUUUUCAGAUGAGUACAUUAAUCGUCCACAAACUUCAGUCUUCUAAAGAUCUAUGACCCUCUGUCUGUUCACACUUCGGGGCAAAACUAGACACAAAUGUAAGUGACGAUUUCUUUUAAAGUGCAACAAAGCCUACGUAAGGAUUAGCCACAAACAACACAGUAACUCUUUCACAACUGCCUUUGUGCCAUCUCACCUUUCUAUCUGACAGGACUCGUAACAUUGGGAUCCCAGCUUAGAUUCUAAACGUACGUGUAAUGUUGUUUGUCCAAAUCCCACACGCUUCUGCAUUCUUCCUCUGUUUCUCUUUGGCAAAUAUGCUCAAUUCUUCAGAUAUGUAUGUGCGCUACAGAAGCAACACAGCGAGCCUUCUGACUUUUCAACUAUAAUACAUCUUCUUAAUGUUGUGUGGCUGCCGCGCUUUCAGUGCUUUUCUGUUCUCGACAAAGCAAUGGGCUGUGAUGCUUAAUGCAGAUGUAAGUGUGGAGUCAGCAGAUUAUAAGAGCAGUUGCAGUAGAGAUGUCAAAAAUUCUACUAUCACAUACUGCCAUUAGUUGUCAAAUCUUGCGACGUAAAGCCAGGAGUUUAUUCAGCUUUCUGUAGCUUAAGAAUCAAAACUAGUUAGGUUGAGAAGCUUUCAAAUGUAGGCUAGUCAUAUGGACACUGUGUUAGAAAUCAAAAGCAGGGCAAUUUCAGUUGUAAACUCGAGGACCUAUAUCACUCAGAGCAUUAUACAUCUUAAUUAACAUUGUCCAGUUCUACCUUUGACACUUCUUCUACCAAUGACCACUCCUGGACUAUAAGGGAUUACUGGACUCAGAAUAAAAAAUGUAAACAUUACUUAUUUUUAACCUAGCAAAGUAGUAAAACAAAAGCAUAUUUUUAAGUAUGGCGUAUACAGUUAUAUCUAGCUUGAAGUAUGUCAGCUGCUUCAGGUGAAAGUAACAUUGCAUUAUGUAAUAUUUCUGGAGGAGGGUCCACACCCCGCUUGUCUCCAUGGAGAUGUCAUUGCUUUGCCUGUCAUUUAUUGCCAUUUAUUGUAUAACCUGUUGCAUUUAUUCAGUCAUAGUUAUUUUUUAUUGCUGAAACAUGCGUUCGGUGAGAAUGCACAGAUGUAACCCGCAACUUGCCCUGCUUGUCUCCACGGAGACGGAUACAAAACAACAGCAUCUCCACAGAGCAGAUGGAGGACACUCCGUCAGAAAAGUUACAUAAUUCACCUUUAAAGAGCCCAUGUUAUGCUAUUUUCUGAUCGUUAAAAUGUUGUUUCCUCAUCAAAAACAUGCCUGGAGUUGUGUUUUGUUUCAGUCACACGAUUAACACACAACUGCUGCGUGACAUCAUGAGGUGGAACAGAGCUUUUUGACCUUUGGAAAUGUAGACAGACAAAUAAUUCAAAAUUACUCAGACAUAUGUUUUUGAUGAGGUGAAAAACAUUUUAAAAUUACUUAAAGCUCAUAAGAGUCUAUUGUGUGUACUAUAGGACUUUUAACACAGGUACAACAUUUUAAAGACUAUAUUAAACUAUAUACUGAACUUUUAUGUAUUUCGUUUUAUGCCAGGAUUGUUGCAUCUCUACUGCAGUGUAAUUCUGUUUUGUUUUGCUUAUUAUCUGUUUCUUUUUUUUUUCUCUGCUACCUCGCUUGCUCAUUCACACUCACAACCACACACACACUACAGCUCGUGCACCAGUCCUACGUGCACUCCUCUCUCACCAGCAGUUCUUUGCCAAUGAUGCAUUUGCGUUUUGUCUCUGCUACAUCCUAAUUUUAUGAUUUUAUUUUUUUUUUGUAUUUUAUUUAACAUUUUUGUGAUAAUAAUCUCUGGUAUUAGUAGUAACUCAUGCAACCAUCCGUCACGUUUGUAAAACUUAUGGAAAUGCACAUAUUUUGCUCAGCUCAGUUGUACCUUGGUGUGCCUAUAACCAACAGCCUUAUUUUGGGACAAUAUCAGGGGUCACACAGUAGGGGGCGCUCUGUGCUCGUGCUACUGUUGUGAAGAGAGUCAUUUGACAUUUCAGCUUUUCGCUGUUUGCUCCUCUUCAGAUCCAUACAUUUGUUAGACUCUUCAGCUUUUGUAUGGGUGUAGUAGUUUGUGCAUGGCAGGUCAUGUGCUGUAAAUAAGCCUACUAAUGUUAAUGUAAAGAUGUAUUACUCAAUAGAAAUUUAAACAUCAGUAUAUUUUAUUUUUCAUUUUGACAGUAAUUAUCCAAUGUUUAUUUUUUGUAACUAUAAAAUUCAAAUGGAUAAUGAAUAUAUUUACCAGUAAAACUCGGAUAUUAGAAUAAUCAGAAAAAUAGAUCUUAUUUUUGGUGUGUUUACAUGCACAAGUUGCCUGGGAUCCAGAAUGUUUUGAUUCCUUUACGAAGAUGGGCAUGAUUGACAGGUGGAUUAGCCAGUCAGGGACAAACUUAGUCCAGUAGAAGUAUAUCACAAGAGGCUGAGAAAAAAUUUGGAUUUCUGCAGCAAUAAUGAGCAAAACACUAAAUUCUAUUAAUCUGAGAUGAGAUUUUACUUGUAAAUCCUCAGUGACCAGUGAGCUCCUCUGAGAAAAUCGAAUUUGAUUGGACAAUUACAUUUGACCGGCCUUGAGACGCAACAGAGGAAGUGGGGACCUGACUGCUAUAAAUCAGUAUAAAAAUACAGAGAGAUAAUUCUGGAUCUGCCAGGCAAAUACACAAGAGAAAUCUGAUCAUCAAAAUUAGCAUUUUUUUAGAGAAACUGUUACAUAGGCUAAUGAAUUUUAAUCUGUAACAUUUUCUUUUUCAGUUUCCUUUGCUGCAUUAGUUUUUUUGUGCAGGUGUGACCAGUCAGAAAGAAAUCAUAUUACACGUUAGACAUAACUGCUGACACGAAAUUUCAGGAAAUCAGAUAGCGAUCAGAUAUUUUGUGCAUGUGAACACAGCCAGUAUCAGUAGGCUCAUUCUAAAAACUAAAAGUACAUUUUUUUUCUAAAUCUGUUUUAAGUUGCAGCUGCUGUGGCCUCAUGAAUCUCAAACUACUGCUCAGAAAUAUUCAAAAAAUGUCAAAAAAAAAUAUUAAGUUGAGUCCCAAGAUAAGACCCCUUCCCUACACCACCAUGCAGUACAAAAGCUAUUACUCAUUAUAUACCGUUGCCAUGGCGUCGCUGUUGAUGUAGUAAAGUAUUAGCAGCUCCAUACAACACCAAUAGUAUUAAAGCGUACCUUAUAAGUUUGUGCGUGCUCAGAUCCGCCGCCUGUCUGUCUCUCUGUCUUUAGCUCUUCUGUUGAUUCAUUGUUUGUUGAUUACAUUGUACGUAUGUAGUAAAUUACUAAUGUUCUGGGAAAUCACAAAUAAACAGCUGUACAUAAUGACGCAAACAUACCAAA